AUGAAAUUUAUCUUCUAUUUGAGUGUCCUUGCUGGUACAUUUUUCUCUGCUCACUCAUCUGUGCAGAAAGAAGACCAUGCUCCCUAUUUGGUAUAUCUCAAGUCUCACUUCAACCCCUGUGUGGGGGUCCUCAUCAAAAAAAACUGGGUGCUGGCCCCAGCUCACUGCUACUUACCAAAUCUGAAAGUGAUGCUGGGAAAUUUCAAGAUCAGAGUCAGAGACGGGACAGAGCAGAUAAUUAACCCUGUACAGAUUAUCCGCUACUGGAACUACAGUCAUAGCAACCCCCAGGAUGACCUCAUGCUCAUUAAGCUGGCUAAGCCUGCCAGCCUCAACACAAAAGUCCAGGUCCUUCCUCUUGCUACCAGCAAUGUCCGGCCAGGCACCGUCUGUCUCCUCUCAGGUUUAGACUGGAGCCAAGACAACAGUGGCAGACAUCCUGACUUAAGGCAGAACCUGGAAGGCCCAGUGCUUCCUGAUAAAGAAUGCCAGAAAACCGAACAAGGAAGAAAUCACAGGAAUUCCUUAUGUAUUAAAUUUGUCAAAGUAUUCAGCCGAGUUUUUGGGGAGGUGGCCGUUGCUACUGUCAUCUGCAAAAACAAGCUCCAGGGGAUCGAGGUCGGGCACUUCAUGGGAGGAGAUGUCGGCGUUUACACCAACAUUUACAAAUACGUAUCCUGGAUUGAGAGCAUCGCUAAAGACUGA